AUGGUCUUCUUAUCACAGACUACAGUUGGGAUCCUGGGGAAUUUCUCUCUUCUUCACCAUUAUGUCUUCCUGCACUUCACUGGGGGCAGGUUAAGGUCCACAGACUUGAUUCUCAUGCAUCUGACUGUGGCCAACUCCUUGGUCAUUCUCUCUGCAGGAGUCCCCCAGAUUCUGACAGCUUUUGGGUGGAAAGAUAUUUUCAAUGGUUUAGUAUGCAAAUUGCUUUACUUUGUUGGAAGAGUGUCCAGGGGUGUGUCUAUGGGCAGCACCUGCCUCCUGAGUAUGUUCCAGGCCAUCACCAUCAACCCCAGUAACUCCAGGUGGGCGGAGCUGAAGCGGAAAGCUCCCAAGCACAUUGGCCCCUCCAGUGUCCUCUGUUGGGUCCUCAACUUGGUCAUAAAUAUCGCAGUUCCUGUCCUUGUGACUGGCCAUUGGCACAAUAAAACCACCACAAAGAGAAAAGAUUUUGGGUACUGUUUUACAAUUCGUGACAUAACCAUAAACUUACUGAAUGUAGCACUGUUUUCUUUCCCUGAUCUUGUGUGUUUGGGGCUCAUGAUAUGGGCCAGCAGCUGCAUGGUUUUCAUCCUGUACAGACACAAGCAGCGGGUCCAACACAUUCGUAGCAACACCGUCUCCCGGAGAGGCUCCCCUGAGUCCAGAGCCACCCAAACCAUCCUUGUCCUGGUGAGCACCUUUGUGUUUCUUUAUGCUGUCUCCUCCAUCCUGUCCAUUUGUGUGAUUCUUUCACAUUCUGUAACUUGGUGGCUGGUGAAGACCGCCGCACUAGCUUCUGCAUGUUUCCCAACUCUCAGCCCCUUUGUUCUCCUGAGCCGUGACUCCAGGACGUCAUGGAAAAUGAAGCAUCUAAGAUACUCUAAUAGCCUCUUUGGAGAUGUUUACCAGACCGUGAAGUUUCCAGGAAAUGAAAAGUGGGACAAAGUUUCUCAGAACUUUUCUCAGCUCCCCAGUGGUGCCCUGUCAGGGCUGCCCCAGCUGACCCUGCACUCGCGGGGUGGGGGCUUUGUGGCUGGGCUGUCCUCUGGGAUUCAGUCCUGUGACCAGUCAGGGCUCAGGAAGGGGGACUUCAACAUAGCACAGAGAGCAGUCUAG